AUGAGAAGUUUAAGUUUAUUAGAAGUAGAUGAUUUUGAAAAUACGACGACGUGUUGUGAAGCAGCUGGCUAUAGACGUCAACUUGACCGUUUUGAAACAGUUUUUAUAACUGUAUUUUGGAAUGCAAUUUUGGAGCGUUUUAAUAGCACAAGUAAAGCGCUUCAAAAAGUAAACACAGAUUUGGAAAAAGUAGUCGAAUUCUAUACAUUUUUACUUAACUUCAUAACUUCUAUUCGAAAUGAUAAAUGUUUUAAUGAAUAUGUCAUUUUGGCAAAAAUAAAAUAGAGUGAAGAGUACGAGUUUGAUAAAGUAAGGACUAAAAAACACAAACUUUAAGCAGGCGAGACAAGAUAAAAUAAAGUCCAUACGACUGGAAGUGAUAAGUUAAGAAUAGAAACAUAUUUUACCAUACUGGUGAAGAGUGAAAUUGAAAAGAGAUGCGCUGCUUAUAUUAACACAUUUAACAAAUAUGACUUUUUGACUAAUUUAAUACUACUUUCACCUGAAGAAAUAACUCAAAAAGAUAAUAAGCUUCAAGAAUUUUAUAACGAUGAUUUAGAAAAAUCAUUCGCUUGUGAAUGUGUUAAUUUUCGAGCAUAUCUUCAAAGUAUAAAUAAAAAUAUUGAUGGAGUUAUCGAGUUAUUAAUACUCUUAUGUGAUAAUAAUUUAGAUACAGUUUUUCCUAACGUAGAUAUUGCUUUACGUAUACUUUUAUAUAUGGUAAUAACUAACUGUUCAGCCGAGAGGUCUUUUUCUACGUUAAAACGCGUAAAAAAUUAUUUGAGAGUAAGUAUAGAAGGGGAUAAACUAAAUUUACUGAGUUUAUUAGCAAUUGAAACUGAACUAGUGAACAAAAUGGACUUCGAUGCCAUAAUAGAUGAUAUUUUUAACCCCCAAAACACACAGAAAGCCGAUGAGUACUAG